CCUCAUUUAUCGACGAAUUGACGCUACGGCCAUUUUGUGAAUCCUAGCAUGGAUACUUUCUGGGGUUCUUACAUGUCAUUAAUUUCAAUAAAACAUACCUGUUCUUUCAUCUAAUGAGCUUCUGUUGUUUAACCAAAUUAAGUAUAACCUGCAGUGAUCAUGGUUCGUUACAAUUUUGUUAAUAAUAAUGGUGGUGAAGAGUAGUUCCCGUAUACACAUGAGUUGUAAAUAAGAACAAACGUUACACCGGUAGUUUCAAUUAUUAAUUUGGUUUGUUUGAAGUGUUGCAAUCUUUUAUACCAAUUUUUGUUACCUGUUAAUGUUGGACUAAUGAUGAUGUAUACAGGUACUAAUACAGAACAAGACAAUCGCUUCAGCGAUAAGGAGAAAAAGUUGCUGAAGCAAAUGAAGUUCAGUGAUUGUCUUAGCCAAAGGGUUGAUAUGUCCAAAAUAAAACUUGAUGUUAUUAAGCCCUGGAUACAAGACAAGAUUACUGAAAUCUUAAAAAUUGACGAUGAUGUAGUAGUUGAUUUUGUGUAUAAUCAAUUGGAUGAAAAGGUAAAAAAAUUUAAAACCUGGCUGAAGUCUAAGGAAAAAGAAGAAAAAGAGCGUGAACUGACUCGUGAACGAGAAAAGGAUCGUGAACGAGAGAAAUCCGAAAAAGAACGUAAAUACAAAGAUCGCGACCGAGACAAAGAGAGAGAUAGAGACAAAGAACGGGACCGUUCUAGAUCACGACGAUCAAGGUCCAGAUCACAGUCGAGGCAAAGACGGAAAUCUGUAGAAAAAACAUCGCAAGGUAAAGAAGGAGACAGGAGUUCAAAAACGAACGAGAAACACAAAGAACUAAAAUCAAGAAGUCGUUCCAAUUCCAAGGAAUCAAAGGUAAGGGCUGAAACAGAAGAGAGAGAAAGGAAUGGAAGCAGUAGCCCAACCGAAAGAACUACCAAAAUCAAGGACAAAGAGAAGAACGGAAUUUCUUCCAAAUCAGAAAACAAUACGGAGCCUCCACAUCCUGUAUCAAAGCUUCAAGCCAAGUUGAUGUCGAUGGCGGGCAAUAGCACCCGUAAGUACUCAAGUUCGCGAUCUCGCUCUCGUGGCCGUUCCUCCCGGUCCCGUUCAAAAUCACGUAAUCGAUCCAACUCUCCUGUUCGUGAUCGAUCUGCAUCAAAGGACGCUAAAAAGUCAAGAUCACGCUCGUCAAGUCCGUCAGCCAAAUCUUCGUCCUCAAGAGAGCGACGUUCGCGUUCUGGGUCCGCGCACCCUACAAAGACAUGUAGUAAUAAUAAGCGGGACAAAGACGAAGAUGGUGAUGAUGCAAGUGUUAAAAAAAAGGUAAUGACCAAAAAGUCGCGAUCGAGAUCAAGUUCGGAUGCGUCGAAGAGCGAUUUCGAAAUACAUAAAAAGGAAAAUAGCGUGCAAAAGAAACGUCAUUAUCGGUCAAAUAAGGAUAGUAGUGAAAGCGAAGCAGAACAUGAUAAAUCAUCGAAAAGCAAGCGUAAAUCAGUUUCACGAUCUCCAAAACGAGACAGGAAGAACAGCCGAGAUAGAAGUACUAAACGCAGAAGCAGCCCUCCUAGAAGGAGCCGAUCACGUAGGCGAAGCGUCAGUCGCCGACGAAGUCCCUCUAGAAGGCGUAGUCCAUCUAGAAGUAUAAGUAGACGUAGACCUAGUCCGCCCAGAGGUAUGAACAGCUUAAACAGAAGACGAAAUCCAAGAAGUAGAUCAGAAAGUCGUCGUCGGGGAAGUUACGCCAGAAGGCGGAGUUCUAGUAGAAGGCGUAGUCCCAGUAGGAGAAGCUUCACUCGAAGAGGGAUAGGGGAUCGAAUGAGACGAAGCAGAAGUCGGGGAAGUAUAAAUAGAAGGAGAAGGAGCAUCAGUCGAAGAAGAAGUAUUGAAAGAAGAAUGAGACGCUCACGCAGUCGGGACCGAAACUACCAUCGACCGUCCCCAUCUCGGGAUAGGCGUCGUUCACGGUCAAGAGACCGUAGAUCUAGAUCUAAGAACCGUUCUAAAGAUAGAAACAGCGUUCGUCGUAUGUCAUCAGAACGUCGGCGAUCCCGAGAUAAACCAACUAAACAACAAGCUAGUCCUAUUCGCGAUGCGACUUUCAAAGAACCACGAAGAGAAGAGUCGAAAGACAAGCACUCCAGUUCUAAAAAGUCAUUAGAGCUGCCAAAGAAAGAAGAGCCAAAAAAAGGCAAAAUUGAAGAAACUCGAAAAGCAGAACCAUCACCACGUAAAAGUGAGAAAAAACCUCCCGAAGAGAAAGAAAAACUUAGAAGCGAAUCAGAAACCCGCAUCGUCAACGAAGUUACUAAGAACAAAGAGAAGAAAUCUGCUUCGAGGAGUGUAAGUAGAGAAAAACAUCUAAUUCCUCCAUAUGGGCCGCCAAGAUAUUCCAGGAGUUUAUCACGUACGCCUUCGCCAUUUAUUAAGGCUCAUGAGUUCCCUCCAAAAAAGCCAAGUUCCGUGAAAGAAGAUAAACGAAAAGAAAUUAAAGAAAAGUUAGAUUCUAAACAAGAGAUCAAACGGAGGACUGUUAAGAAAAAGAGUGAAACAGAAUCAGAUUCAAGCAGUUCAGAUUCAGAUGAGAAAGAAGUAGAAGUUCGUAAGAAGUCCAAAAUAAAGAAGAAAACAAAAAAACAGAGAGACUCCAGCUCAAGCGAAAGUGAAGUUGAAGUGUCAUCACGUUCUAAAAAAGAAAAUGAGGAGAAAAGAAAGAAAUCGAAAAGAAAUAGCAGCGAAGAAAAGGUAAGAAAACGACGACAACCAAGCACUGACUCAGAAGACAACAAAAAAAGGAAGAAGAGAAAGGCCCGAUCAGCCAGCACAGAUGUAGAAAAGCCCAGAAAAAGCCGUAGGGAAAAUUCGAGUGAUAGCGAAGAGGAAGUAAAAGUUGACAGGAAAAGUCGUAAGCACGAUGACAGUUCUGAACCUGACUCGGACGAGAAGAUGGAGAAGAUCAAAUCUUCAAAGAAGCAACACAAGAAAGAAACAACUUCAGAAUCAGAAGAAGAACCGAAGAAAAAGAAGCACAAAAAGAAAUCAGUAAAAUCAGGUAGUGACACUGAUGAAGAAGUUGAAUCAUCGAAAAAGCGCAAGAAAGAAAAGAAACACAAAAAGAGAAAAAAACAUUCGAAAAAGCAUAAGAAACAUAAGAAACGGAAGGCAGAGUCGGAGAGUUCAGACAACAGCGAUUUGGAGGUAUUGAACGAGGAUGAAAAAAAAUUACGUGAAAAAGCACUUAAAUCGAUGAAGCGACUCAAUUCGAGCGACAAAUCGGAGUAAAACAAUGGGGCAGAAAAAUGAAAACGCUAACGAACGAAGAUAUUCAAAGUCCUGAGAAAUGCAGUUUUAGGUAAGUCUGAGACGUAGAAAAUGUAAGACGCAAACUAUAAAUAAUAGUGAAACGUAUUGUUUGCAAAAAAAAUGAAUAUCAAAUAUACAAGUAGCAUGCUAAUCGUAAGAUGAAAAGAAAACGAUUUCAGAUACACAUAAUAAUAUAUAAAUAUGAGUUAAUUUUUUUAAAACAUAAUUACAAAUGAACAAUAAAAGGCUUAGUGAACUUUU